GCGGGCGCGGACGCGGCGCCCAGCGCCCGUGGGUGUGCAGGGACAUCAUGGCGGCCCCGUCGCCCUCAGCCCCGGGAGAGCCGGCGCCGCCGCCGCCGCCGCUGCAGUACAGCCUCCUGCUGCAGCACCUCGUGGGCGACAAGCGGCAGCCCCGCGUCUGGGACCCCGCUGCCCUCGGCGGAAUCCCUUGCCCGCCCAAGAGCGAGGAGCAGAAGAUGGUGGAGCGGGUCAUGGAGAGCUGCCCCUUCAAGGCGGCGUUGGCUUGCGUGGGAGGAUUUGUUCUGGGAGGUGCGUUUGGGAUCUUCACAGCUGGCAUUGACACCAACGUGGGGUUUGAUCCCAAGGAUCCCUAUCGCACACCCACGGCCAAAGAGGUGCUCAAGGACAUGGGGCAGCGAGGCAUCUCCUACGCCAAGAACUUCGCCAUCGUGGGUGCCAUGUUCUCCUGCACGGAGUGCGUUGUAGAAUCUUAUCGUGGGAAGUCAGACUGGAAGAACAGCGUUAUCAGUGGCUGCAUCACGGGAGGAGCCAUCGGCUUCAGAGCUGGGCUGAAGGCCGGGGUGAUCGGCUGCGGAGGAUUCGCCGCUUUCUCCGCUGCAGUUGAUUACUACCUGCGGUAACAACAACAUUCCCUGUUCCAGUGCUGCUGCUGAGAGCCUGCACCACGGCACAACCAUCAGGCUUACCUUUCCACUGCCUCUGGAGUCCUGGCCAGUGUGAGCAGGGCAGCGCUGGCCACUUUCUGAAUGACUAACAGCGACCUGGCUGCGAGCCCUGGUGAGCUGCUCCAGGCAGGCUUGUGGGAGCAUGGGAGGAUGGAGCCAGGAACAGAGCAGCAUCUCCAGGACAGAUCAGCUGACUGUCAGUUUCCAGGAAACAUGCCUGGACUCUGAGCUCUUUCGAUCCUUUGGGGCUGAUUUUGAUUAAGUCUGUUGCUAGCAUCAAAAGAAGGCAGGAGGACAAUCUUCGAAGAGAAAUGCACCGAUUUAGGUUACCACAUAUUUGAAGGUGCUGCAAGUGUUUUAACAGUCACCAGUUUGCAGCUUGCUACUCUGUUGGGGAGAGGUAAGAUCCUGUGGAGAAAUAAGUUUGUUCCAGGCUUUUCUUAAAAUACCAUCUGAAGUCAAACCACCAUCUGUACAACUUGCCUUAUUUCAAGUACAGAGAUGAGCGCCAGAUUUCUUUACCAUGUUUUAAAGGGAAAAGCAGAAAGGAAUCCUUAGCCUUAGAGCUGUGUGGUUACUGGCAGAUGAACAAAACAGUUUAAGGGAAAAAUGAGGUUGUUGCUGAAGUAUAA